UAAAGCCCAAAUUCGAAGAAAAAACCCAUGCGCUCCGGAACCUAAUUCAGAAACAACGCCCCAAAAUAACUGAGGAAAUUUCAUCAGGAAGCUGUUACCUCGCCGAAAUCUCCUCAAGUUUCUGAAGUACGAUUUGAAAGGUUCAAAGGGCAAAAAUUUGCAAUCAAGACAGCCGAGGUUAGCUGCUAUUUUUGAACAAAUUGAGUUGUUGCAACGUGGAACUUUGGCGCCCCUCCGUUUUGAUCCCUGAAAGACAAUAAACAUGACGUUGGAUGCUGAAGACCAAAAGCGCCUGAAGGUCGCUGACUGGAUCAUCAUCGCGAUCUAUUUUAUAGCGUGCAUGAUCGUGGGACUAUGGUCUAAGUUCCGAAAACAGAGGGGCAGAAAUGAAACUGCCGAAACAUAUUUUUUGGCGGGAAGAUCUGUGAUGUGGUGGGCGGUGGGGCCCAGCCUUUUUGCCAGUAACAUUGGCAGUGAGCACUUUGUCGGAUUGGCCGGUUCUGGAGCAGCAACAGGGAUUGGUGUUGUGUCAUAUGAAUGGCAGGCCUGCUGGGUGUUGCUGCUUCUUGGAUGGGUUUUCCUGCCAAUUUACCUGCGAUCAAGGGUGUUUACCAUGCCUGAAUUUCUGCAAAAAAGGUUUCAGAGCCAGUGGGUUAGAACAUACCUUACUGUGGUGGCUUUGUUCUCAUAUGUCUUCACAAAGUUUUCGGUUGACAUUUAUGCUGGUAGUUUGUUUCUGUAUGAAGCAAUUGGCUGGAAUAUUUAUAUCUCUGCUGCUGUGACCUUGGCUAUAACGGCUGUCUACACUGUCCUGGGUGGUUUGACUGCUGUAAUCUUCACCGAUGUCCUCCAAUGUACCAUCAUGAUUUUGGGUGCCAUUGUACUGGCAAUAUUAAGCUUUGUGAAAGUUGGAGGAUACAAUGGUCUUUGGGAAAAGUUCGGAAGUGCCCAGGGUAGUCCUUAUUUACCUACCGUUGUUCCCACCACAAUGGCAGUCAAUAUGACGAACAUGACGAACAUGAUGCUGGCGAACAUGACGACUGCUAUGCCAACCACUGGACCCGACCUAAGCGGGUGCUUCAAAUUGACUCCUUACUGGGCAAACAUGUUCCGUCCAAUAGAUGACCCUGACUAUCCAUGGCUUGGAUUGUGGACCACUCUUCCUAUUAUGGGAGUCUGGUAUUGGUGUACAGAUCAGGUGAUUGUUCAGCGUACCCUGGGAGCUAAGAACAACAUUCAGGCCAAGGCAGGUUCCAUUUUUGCUGGCUUUCUGAAGAUCCUGCCCAUCUUCAUAAUGGUGAUGCCAGGAAUGAUCAGCCGCGUCCUCUACCCUGACUCCAUUGGUUGUGCGGAUCCCGUCAGCUGUAAAUUUCAUUGCGAUAAUGAGUGGGGCUGCUCUAACAAUGCCUAUCCCAAACUGGUUCUUAAUGUUCUUCCCACUGGAUUGGUUGGCCUGAUGAUGGCGGUGAUGAUGGCAGCACUGAUGUCUUCUCUUUCCUCUGCUUUUAACAGCAGUGCCACCAUCUUUACUGUGGAUGUGUGGCUCCGCUUCAGGCCAAUGGCCACAGAAAGAGAAAAAGUCAUUGUUGGCCGGGUGGUUGUUGCCCUCCUUGUGGUUGUCAGUUUAUGUUGGUUGCCAAUCAUUCAAGGUGCUGCAGGGAAACAGCUUUUUGUUUACAUUCAGACAAUCCAAUCCUACCUUGCCCCACCAAUUACUAUGGUGUUUGGGUUGGGUAUCCUGUGGACAGGUCUGACAGCAGCAGGAGCGCUGUCAGGCUUGGUGAUUGGGUUCUUGCUGGGAAUGGCCAAGUUUAUUGCUGGUAAUAUUUGGUCAGAUCCUAAGUGUGGUGAAGAAGAUACACGACCUGGAUUUGCUAAAAUGCAUUUCAUGUUUUAUGCCAUCAUUAUUUUUGGAGUGAGUGGCUUUAUCAUGGUUGUGGUGAGUUUGUUCACAAAGAAGAUCCCACGAGACGAGCUUGGUGGCCUGACUUGGCCAACAAUCAAUGAGCCUCCCAUCUCAUUUGGAUCCAUUGGCGAAGCAGAUGAAGCUGAGAAGGUGGAAAUUGGUGGUGUGACCGGUACCGAAAAAGUCGAGCUUUUGGAAAAGAAUGGCCAUCUAAGUCCAACAACUCGUGUGGAAACUUCUUUCGACGCUGAAGGAGAAGUUACCAAAAUCGAGGAAAAGAAUGCUGUUCCACCCAAGCCGAAUGUGAAUGGCGAGACUAUGGCACUGGAAGAUGCAACAGGCGAGAAAAUCAAACUGAGUGUAGUCCAGUUUGUCGAGGAAGAUCCUGCUCUGAAGUGGUUUUUACGAAUCAUGACUGUCCUGUUACUGGUUUGUCUAGUUUUCCUGUGGGUGUACUUUCGCUAAGCGACAUGUACAGUAUAAUUUGUCGAUCCUCGCAUAUAGUGUGAUGUAAAGAUAUGCUAAGGUGCAGUGAUCAUAUUAAUAGGAUGUGCAUCACCAUGUACAUCAUGUAUAUCCUCAUAUAAUCUCAUGCUGGUUGAUAAGUACCUAAAUAUGUACGUGAAGGUCGAGAAACCGACCACAAAUAUUUUAAUGUAUGUGCAAAAAGAGGUGUAAUGGUAUUUGUGUUGUCUCUCUGAUAGAAGAGAGAUGUGUUGGAAACGGUGAAAUCUUUGAUUAAUUUUGUGGUGUAGACGAUUUUUCCUUUAAUAUAGUAAGGGUAUAGUCCUGCAGAUUUUCAAAGCCAACCGGGACGUUCAUUUAAUUAUGAUGGUGAAGACAUUGAUCUGGAAACCAAAACCAAAUUUAACGACACUCAUCGUUGUGGUCAUCGUCAUCAUUAUCAUUAUCAUCAUCGUCAUCGUCAUCACAAACAACAACAAAUAUAUUAAAUGGAAUUACAACAGUAAUCAAGAGAAUUCGAGAAAGUCUUAGACCUUUUAUGGAAUAAGUUUAAGUAGCAGGUUGAUCGUAGGAUCUAAGAUAGUGAACCUGUGUGGCUCAGUUAAUCCUACUUAAAUUUUGUCUUAGAAUUACACAUCCAUUUUGUUGUCUUCAUUACUGUGAAGCUUGAGGGAGUAUCGAAUCAGGUCUAAAUAUUCUUUUACGGCAAAUUUCGAAGUUACAGUCCUCAUCUGAAAGUUUUGAAAGCUUUCUUGCCUUGUCUUCCCUUACUUCUAUUGUCGAAGACUAUUCUGUUUAACCCUAAGAAAAAGAAACUAGAUUUCAUAUUCACGUAGAAGUGUAUAUUUAAUAAGGUUUGACAGAUAGGUUUGCGUGUGUAUAAUGUAAAGAUCUCGUAUAAGCUAGACUUUGCUCCGGGGCAAGUGUUUGCAUAGCUAAUUAAACGUGUAGCCUUUGGUCACGAUAAAAACCUGGCUAGGUUUUGAACCAGUUUAUACAAAAGAGAUAGAAACAGUUUCAUUUAACUCUGUGCUUUGCAUUAGUUUUCCAAUUUUUCUGCCCCUUUUUAAUGACAGCAAGCUUUCGCGCGCUUUUAUGUGUUUUUGCGCUCGGCGCAUCGGUAGCAGAUUUUCCCGCUCUUGGCACUGGUUACCAAUAUUUUCGCGCCUUUGGAAACGGCUGCUAAGUUUCCCGCUCAUGGUAUUAGUAACAGAUUUUCCUACUCCUACCACCGUUAAAAUGCCCACUUUCCCUUAUUGGGCGUCGGUGUCCAUUUUUAUGCCAUUUAACAAGUCGUCAUGUGGUCUCAAGAUUAUAUUUUUUUUCCGUUGUUGUUGUUGAUUUAAAGUAAUUUUUCGCCAGGAACGAACAAAAACACUCAGAAAAAAUAUUUAUUUUUUUUCGUCAUAGAAAAGUGGUUGUACGAGUCAAAGGUUUCUGCCUUUCUUUCCUUUGUUUGUUUGUUUGUUUAAGGGGUUUUAUCAUUGUUAUUUUUUUAUUUUUCAAGUGAGGUCAGAUUUCUCCAUUUUUGAGGGGUUUUUUUGUUCGAUUUUAGGCAGUUUUCUCGUUCAACACACUUUCCUUUGUUUUGAGCCAGCAAAACAACGGAAAGAAAAACCUAAGCCGAAGGUUUUAACCACAGCAUUUUCUGUACGCAUAAAUUAUGGAUUUAGAAUUUUUUCACAUUUAAAUGUUAGGGUGUGAGCUGCUCUAGACAUUGCUUGCUUUAAAGUGGUGAAAAUAAUUAAGAUAUCGGUGUGACAUUUUUGUAGAUUGAGCAAAAUUGUUCAAGGAUUGUGGAGCAAAACCUGCCUAGAGCUUUUAACAUGUAAUCAUAUAUAUAUUUAAGAUGAAUAUAAUGUGUAGACCUAGGAAUUUUUAAGUAUACCAAACUCAGGUUAGGCUUGAACUGUCAGGAGUUUAAGAGUAAAUUAAGAACCAGUUCAACAUACAUACUAGCCUCAAUUAUCCUCUGUAAACUAGAAAGUCAGUGUUAGGACAAAGUGGCUUUCUGAAACGGAGAUGAGAGGUAAAGAUUGGGAAGGGGUAGGUGUGGAAUGUCCCUCCCGAGUUGGCCGAGAUUGAACCAAAGUGAAACUCAAAGCAAGUAAUCCUUUACCUCUCGCACCCGUUUAGAUUUCACUGUACAAACGGGACUUCCGAUCAGGAGUGUAGACAGUUGAUUAAAGCUCAAUGUACAAGUUC